AGCCGCGUGAAAGAGAUGCGGGGCAUCCUCGGUUGAGCCGCUGACGGGGCGUGAGGCGAGGGGGGCCCGGGACUACAUUUCCCAGCCGCCUCGCGGCACUCUCCGCCUCGCGCGCCUCCCCUCCCCCCCUCCUCUCCCGCGGGCGGCCAGCCAGUCCGGCCUCCUGCCCCGCCCCCCCCCCCCUUUCCCGGGGUUGCCCGAGCUGCGGCCAGACGGUCCGGGUCAGCCAGGCAGUUUCUGGAGCCAAGCCGCGCCCGUCCCGGAGCCCCGAGGACCGACGCGCCUCCCGGAUGGCUGGGCGUCAUCGGCCGGCUGAGGAGCCCAUGCCCGCUCCGUGGAGAGGUUGCAUAGGCCGCCAACCACAAGAACCCCCGGAGAAAGAGGCGCCCCCACCCUUCGCAGGGCCCCCCGAGGGGAUGCCGGAAGCCGGCCUGGAUGGGACAGCGGCCCUUGGAUGGUGGGAGGCUUUGGUCUGGGGCCGUCCCCGACUUUGUAAAGGCUCCAGGUGAUCCGCUUCUCUCUUCUUCCGGGGCCCCUUGUGGUCCAGCAGCUUCGCCCUAACCUCCCCCCCCCCCCACGGACUGCCCGAUAGCAGCUGGGUCCCGAAUGGCUCUGCAGGAGGGUCACACGGAUGGCUUCCAAAAGGUUCCCCCCCCACCGGCCCGGUUCCUGCCACGGGGGUGUUCACGAGCAUUUGGAUCCAGUCUCUGCUCCUUUUCAGGGCAGCUCUUCAAGGCCGGGUGGGAGAGGGGCCAAGACCACCGGCUCGUGGGCCAAGGUCCACUUGCUUAGAAUCAGCAGAUUGAAAGCUGUGCCAAAUAAAGACUGUGAGGCGACAGUUUUGAUGCCGUUUCAGACUUUUUCUAGCUGAUUUCUAAUCAACAAAGGCGAAUAUUUUCUCUGCAACAUUCUCUACUAAGAACUCACAAUGGUACUCCACGGAUAGUCUGGCCAUCUUUCCCUAGAUGGUCUGUAUCAUAAAAAGUGAACCUUGAGAAAUUGGAAGAGGUUCCCUGCAUUUUCAGUUUUACCUCCUCCGGAUUGGGCCUCUGCACAACCUGGCUGGUGGAAAUGGCCAGGCAGGGAACUGGGAGCUGGAUUCAAGCUGUGGUCAAUCCAUUUGAGGGAAGGCGAGGCCUCAGAAGUCCUGGAAGAGGGGCAGGUCCUUCCACUCCUCAAGGAACUAAAUCUGAAUCCAGCAGUUAUGAAUUACUUCCAUUAUGUCUCAAAUACUCCCCUUCUUGGGGAAGGUUAAGAAAGAGGUGGGACUGCAGUUACAAAAGCCUCCAGAGACAGUUUGGUUUCAUUCCUGAUCAUGGGAUAGAAUCUGCAUUGGUCCCUCUGAUGGUUGACCUGUGGAAGAUGAUGGGAGGCCUCCCAAUGGAUUGCUAUGCUGCCAGUCACAGCAUCCUCCUGAACCUCAUCUGAGGACUGAGAGUUUCUCUGGGCACCGAAACCGUCAAGGUGGAAAAUGGGCAGAGCACGUCAGCCAAGCUGGGGCUCCCUCCUCUUACCCCGGAGCAGCAGGAGGCCCUUCAGAAGGCCAAAAAAUAUGCGAUGGAGCAGAGCAUCAAAAGCGUCUUGGUGAAGCAGACGAUUGCCCACCAGCAGCAGCAGCUCACCAACCUCCAGAUGGCAGCAGUGACAAUGGGCUUUGGAGAUCCUCUCUCACCUUUACAAUCGAUGGCAGCGCAGCGGCAGCGGGCCCUGGCCAUCAUGUGCCGGGUCUAUGUGGGCUCCAUUUACUAUGAGCUGGGAGAGGACACCAUACGGCAGGCCUUCGCCCCCUUUGGACCCAUCAAGAGUAUCGACAUGUCCUGGGACUCUGUGACCAUGAAGCACAAAGGCUUUGCUUUUGUGGAAUAUGAGGUCCCCGAAGCUGCUCAGCUGGCCCUGGAGCAGAUGAACUCUGUGAUGCUCGGAGGGCGGAACAUCAAGAGGCCCUCACGGGUCGCCUUCCUGCAGGUGGGGAGGCCCAGCAACAUUGGCCAAGCGCAGCCCAUCAUCGACCAGCUGGCAGAGGAGGCUCGAGCCUUCAACCGCAUUUACGUGGCAUCGGUGCACCAGGAUCUUUCUGAUGACGACAUCAAGAGUGUCUUUGAGGCCUUUGGGAAGAUCAAGUCCUGCACGCUGGCCCGGGAUCCCACCACGGGGAAGCACAAGGGCUACGGCUUCAUCGAAUACGAGAAGGCCCAGUCCUCGCAGGACGCCGUCUCUUCCAUGAACCUCUUUGACUUGGGGGGCCAGUAUCUCCGUGUGGGCAAAGCGGUCACUCCGCCCAUGCCUCUGCUGACCCCAGCAACCCCGGGAGGCCUGCCCCCUGCAGCAGCCGUAGCUGCAGCUGCUGCCACGGCGAAAAUCACCGCUCAGGAAGCUGUGGCAGGGGUGGCGGGUGCUGCUGUCCUUAGCACAUUAGCCACCCCUGGACUGGUGACCCCAGCCCUGACCCUAGCGCAGCCCUUGGGGGCCUUACCACAGGCUGUGAUGGCAGCUCAAGCUCCAGGCGUCAUCACGGGUGUCACACCAGCUCGCCCACCUAUUCCUGUCACUAUUCCCCAGGUGGGUGUGGUGAACCCUAUCUUGGCCAGUCCCCCAACACUAGGCCUGCUAGAAGCCAAGAAGGAGAAGGAGGAGGAGGAAGUUUUCCAAGAAUCUGAAAGGCCAGAGAUGCUCAGUGAACAGGAGCACAUGAGCAUCUCUGGCAGCAGCGCCCGCCACAUGGUGAUGCAGAAGCUUCUCCGGAAACAAGAGUCAACAGUGAUGGUUUUGCGAAACAUGGUGGACCCCAAGGACAUUGAUGAUGAUUUGGAAGGAGAAGUAACAGAGGAGUGUGGCAAAUUUGGGGCUGUCAACAGAGUCAUCAUCUAUCAAGAGAAGCAGGGCGAGGAAGAAGACGCGGAGAUCAUUGUCAAGAUCUUUGUGGAAUUCUCCAUGGCCUCAGAGACUCACAAAGCCAUCCAGGCACUGAAUGGGCGCUGGUUUGCGGGCAGGAAGGUUGUGGCUGAAGUGUAUGACCAGGAGAGAUUUGAUAAUAGUGACCUCUCCGCAUGAACUCUUUCACAAAGACUUCUCUUUCAUUUUCCCCAAUGACUCCCCUUCCCCAUGUUUUCUGGAAUAUUUUUGGACCAGCAUUAUCCUGUGUUGUACACGUAGUUGUUGGUAAAUAUGCCAGGAAGAAAAUCCA